AUUUACAAAUCUACUACGACUUCGAACAAUCAAAUUUAUUCCUGACUUUUCAAAAGUGAGAGAUGGUAAAACCGGCAAAUACUUCGUCUUCACUUAUCACUAAAAGAGUUUUGACUCUCGGUAAUAAUGUCACAAUUGAUAUAUACGAUCAUCAUUAUUAUCCAAUGUGGUUUUGGAUUGUAAUUUCUGUUGGAUUUGUCUUCUGUACUCUGAGCUGUGCUGUUUGGUUUAUGUGUGCUAUGUGGAGAUUGAAAAAGGGUAAAGAAUGUAACCAUCCAUCGUUUGAAGCGCGUACCGUUGUGACAAAAGAUGGAGAAGAGAAACCGGAUCCCAAAAUGGCUCAAAAAUCAGAAAAGACUUGUAAAAAAUUAGGUGCAUUGGGUGAAGCUGAAUCGUUGGCCAAGAGCUUCAAAAGUAUCAGAUCGAAAAAGUCGAUGAAGUCUACAAAAUCCAAGAAAUCUGAAAAAGAUGUAGGACAUGAUGAUCAUAAGAAGGAAGAUGUUCAUGGUGAUCAAAAGGAUGAUAAUAAAGAUCGAAACGAUGGAGGACGAGAUUCUCAUGUUGUUCAGAUGGAACAUAAUUCUGAAGAGGAACACGAGCCGAGUGGAUUUAAAAAGCUGGGCAAGUCUUUCUUCAACUUCAAAAAGUAGCAAACUCUCUUCACCUUCACCAAAGAAUAGCAAAUGUUGAAUGCUCCAAACUUGUAGACUUAUAGAACUGUAGAGCAUCUUUAUUUAUGAAUGAAACUGUUCACAAAUGCCAUUCUACUUAUUUUAAACACCUUCUGAGCCAAUUACCAGGAAAAUUUCAAAUUUUAAACUGCAAUUUAUAUCCUCAACUUACUACUUUUUUUCUUGAUUUUCACACGAUAUUUGAAUUUUUCAAUAAAAUCAUACAGCCGA